AGAUAAAAAGAAAAAGCUUGUGAGCGAAAGCAGAAGAACAUUGAAGGUAAUGAUGGGAGGAUACAUAAGGCACAAUAUCAGUUGCAGACAUUACAGAACAGCAUUGAGGUUAAUGAAACAGGAUUGAAAUGCUUGUUUAGAACACUAAUCCAAAAUAGUCUCUAUUCACAAUAUCCUACUGUUAUAAUAAUCAGAUCAGCUUUUCUGCAACGUGCAUCAUUAGCAACUGUAGUUAGUAUACAUGAUUGCCAGUGUCUUGUACUUAGUAUACAGGAUUGUUCAUGGAUUUAUUCUCGACCUUUAAAAUGUGACCUAACAAGCAGACAAAUGACAACAGUGCAUCUUACAUUAUUACAAUCCACAUCAUGGCUAGAAAGCAAAACCAUAGACUUAAGAUUCCAAUGUGUUUAAAGUGUUAAAACUCAAAUGAAAAACAUGUAUAUAAUAAAGAUUAUGAGGUGUUCCAUCACAAGCCACCACAUGCAUGUGGAGAUGGAAUAACUUUAAAAAGGAGAAAUAAGUCAGACCUGUUUAGAGAAGUGGAUACAAGGUCUAAAAGCAGGGAGAAAUCAAGGGUCAUUCAAAUAUAGCCAUCCUGUUUGCUCUAGUCCACAGCUGAUGGAACUUGCCGAAGCCUUUUGGAGAUCUCAUUGUACAGCAAGGAACUUCUUUUGCUAGCAUAGCAGCAAUCAGAUCUUCUUGAAGCCACAACAAAAGAAAUCAGUGGAAGUGGAGUUGGAUGUCUGUCAGGCUGUUGGACUUGCUUGGCACCAUGACAGAGAGCAUGAUAAAGGAGCAGAUAAGAGACCCCAAAAUGACCAUUAGAAGAUGAGGUGAAAUAGCUGCUCAAAGCAAGAAGGUGCAUGCUUACAUUCAUUCUGACAAGAAGGCAGAGAAUGACCAGAACCAACGGCUGAUAAUAAUUAUGAAUACACAAUUUUCAAGACUGAUGCAAGAGAAGGUUCACGACUCAAAAACAGGAAGAAAAAAAUUGACAGAAACCUUUUUUUUCUAGAUUACCCACAAAAGGGUGCAUGAUCAGGUGAACUCAUGUUAGAUCACAGGCAGGCUUACGACAUUUCAUACAUUUUAAAUAAAAGCACACUCAAAAGCCUGUCUGACAUCCCGAGAUGUAUGAUUCAUAAAAGCAGCAACCGACUGGCUUAGAUAUAUCAUUACAAGAUCCAUCAUGAAAAGCACUGACACACAUGUACAGGUUUGAUUAGCCAACUCUUAUCGUCAUUAUUACUCUUCAGUGUACGUGUUAUCUGACUAUGUUGGAGAGACAGGCCAGCAUAUAACACUCAUAAUAAUUAUAAAAUUGCUAAAUUAUUUGAGCCUAACAAUUAUAAGAUUGCUAAUGACGUACUUUGCAAACUACAUGUGGUAUUUGCUGCUAUCUAUUGUUUUUUCCACUCUUUUUUAUAUUUCCUGUCUGGUUGCUGGUUAUUGCAUUAUUUGUCAAUGUGCCAAGUGACCAGUAUAGAAUAUUUAAUAAUGGAUUUAGUACUGACCUUAUCUUCAAGGUGUAAGCAAACAAGCAGACAGAUGACUCACGCAUCUCAGGGUAGUCCAAUACCCAAAGUUUAUCAUUACAAAACUAAUGUAGUUUGGAAUGAGCUACAGAUUCAAACACCAAGCACAGUUAAUCACAAGCAAACACAUGCAUGUUGAGCUGGAAACAGUUAAAAAAAAGAGAAAUAUGUCAGACCUGUCUGGACAAGAGGAUAGCAGAUCCAAAUGCCAAGCUUCACAUAUCAUGUUGAUCUGAGCUGGGGAGAUUCUAUUUGCCUCCAUCUGCUGUAUGAAAUUGGGUCUAUAAGUAGAGAGAGUUCAAGAAUCAGUCACAUCUUCCCAUCCGGUUUGUGCCACUCUGCUGAUAAUACAUACUGAAGGCCAUCCAAGAUCACAUUGUAAAGAUGGUUGAUUCUCCGGCGACACCGAUCCAGCCUUUCCAUGCCCGAUCCACCAGCAUGCCUUCUAGAGAUCAUCCCUACAUGCUCAGAGUGGCAGAAGAACUGCAGAAAGUCAAGUCUUCUGUAGUUCAAUCCUCUUCAACUGCCUAUGUGAUAUGUGAGAGAUUGAGAGGAAUUCAAGGUUUGUACAGGUGCAUUGAAGAGCUUCUUUGCUUGCCGAGCAGCAACCAGAUCUUCUCGAAUCCACAACAAAGGAAAUGGGUGGAAGUGGAGUUGGAUGUAUCUGUCAGGCUGUUGGAUUUCCUUGGCACCUUGAGAGAUAGCACAAACUCUAUAAAGGAGCAGAUUAGAGACCUUGAAAUGACCCUCAGAAGACAAGGAGAAACAGUUGCCCACAGCAAGAUGCAAGCUUAUAUUCGUCCUGAAAAGAAGGCAGAGAAAGAUGUUAAGAAUUGCUUCAGAUUCCUGAAGCAGAUGGAUGACAAAUAUGCCUUAUGUUUUACGGAUGAUAAGGAAUCUGAUUCAUGGAUGCUGGUCAGAACUCUGAAGGAAGCAAGAGAAAUCACCAUCUCUCUUCUUCAGUCCAUAUUUAACUUCUUGUCCAUGCCAAGGCCGAAAACCAAAACUAGCAGAUGGUCUCUUAUCUCAAAGACAUUGCACAAGAGGAAAGUGGCCUGCGAGGGUGAGCAUGCGGAUAUUGAAGCUAAUGAUGGGAGGGUACAGAAGGCAAAGGCACGAGAUCAGUUGCAAACGGUACAGAACAGCUUUGAUGGUAUUGAAGCAGGACUAGAAUGUUUGUUUAGAAGCCUAGUCCGAAAUAGAGUCUCUCUCCUUAACAUCAUAAGCUUGUAAUGAAUUCAUCAGCCUUCUCGCCAUAUGCCCUCAUUAGCAUCCACAUUUUAAAGGAAUUGCUAAUGCAUUCAUAUUGUAUCAUUUUUGUGAAAUAGUUAUAUAACACUACACUGUUUUCUAAAGCAUGGUCCACAAUAAUUUUGCUUUCUAUUCUUAUCAGAGUUUCCUUUAUUUUGUUUAAUUAUUUUACAAGCCAGUAAAGCUAGUGCAUAAAUAAGAAAACUGUC